CUCAAGAAUGCAAGAACUUCUCGAAUCCUCGCCUAGCUUUUACGGCCGAUGAAUCCUCAAGACUGGACCUGCUCCGAAGAGCCGACUGCCGAAGAAAGGACGCCGCCUCCACCGCCGGACGCCGACCUCCACGGCUCCACCAUCCAGCCCCCCGAGAGACUCUCUCGAGCUACACUAACUCCGUUAAGCUUAAGGGUGCUUAACAAACCGAUACAACUUGAGAACCCGAGUCACACGAGCCUCAACACCUUUGCUCGGAGAUACCGCACUCCAAGACUUCUCACGAAGGAACAAGAAACUUCCUUCGAGUUUACAACAAGGGAACAAACUCCCUUAAAGUGUAUGAAAACACUUAAACACUCAGGAAUGAAACUCUCACAAAGAGUAGAUAUGAGUGAACUAAAUGAACUCAUACUUGAUUUAGCCCAAGAGAUUAAGGAGGAAAUCAUCAAGAAGAGAAAGGAAGCCAAGUACUGCUCAAUCAUACUUGAUUGUACCCCUGAUACAAGUCACCAAGAGCAGAUGAGUAUGAUAGUGAGGUAUUUAAACUUCUCAGGUAAUUCUAUUAUUGUGGAAGAGUCCUUUUUGGGCUUCUUGAAUGUUAAUGAUACCACUGGAAAAGGACUAUUUGAUGUCACAAUUGAGGAGUUAAAGUCUCUUGGUCUUGAAAUUGAUGAUAUUCAUGGUCAAGGUUAUGAUAAUGGGGCAAAUAUGAAAGGAAAACAAAGGAGUUCAAAAGAGAUUUUUGGAUGUCAACUUUAGAGCAUUUUACACUCCUUGUGGUUGUCAUUCUCUUAAUCUUACAUUAUGUGAUAUGGCUCAGAGUUGUGUUAAAGGGAAGAACCUUUUUGGAGCCAUCCAAAAAAAAUUAUACUAUCUUUGCACAUUCAAUUAAUCGGUGACUUGACAUUAGAUACUUGAACAUUCAAUUAUCUUUGCACAUUCAAUUAGAUAUUGAUACAAAAAUAGUUUUAUUGGAUUUAUUACAUCAAAUAUUUUCAAAGUAUUAUUUUAUCAUAGGUCAAAUUGUCAAAGAUUAAAAACAGUUAACUGAAAAAAGUUUAAACUGGAUA